UAGAGACAGCCCAGGGUUUCCUUUUCAAGGAGGUUUAAAACAUUUUUUUCUCGGUAACUUCCUUCCUGUUCUAACUGCCAGUACUCAGAAGUCAGAGUUGAGAGACAGAGGCACACGACAGAGACGACAGAGACGCGACGCACUGAAUAUCAAGAUGACAGAAAAGGACACAGAGCCACAGCUGGAUGAAGGUGACGAUGAGCUAGACAGCAAGCUCAAUUACAAGCCACCACCUCAGAAGUCCCUGAAGGAGCUACAGGAGAUGGAUAAAGAUGACGAAAGUCUAACUAAGUACAAGAAGACCCUGCUGGGGGAUGCUCCUGUUGUAGCAGACCCAACACUGCCAAAUGUGACUGUCACACGGCUCACUCUGGUUUGUGACAGUGCACCAGGCCCAAUCACCAUGGACCUUACCGGGGACCUUGAAUCUCUCAAAAAAGAAACUUUUGUGCUAAAGGAAGGUAUUGAAUAUAGAGUCAAAAUUCACUUCAAAGUAAACAAGGAUAUUGUGUCAGGCCUGAAAUACGUUCAGCACACCUAUCGGACUGGGCUGAAAGUGGAUAAAGCAACGUUUAUGGUUGGCAGCUACGGGCCUCGACCAGAGGAGUAUGAGUUCCUCACUCCAGUGGAGGAGGCUCCCAAGGGCAUGCUGGCCAGGGGCACCUACCACAACAAGUCCUUCUUCACCGAUGAUGACAAGCAAGACCACCUCACCUGGGAGUGGAACCUGUCCAUUAAGAAGGACUGGACAGAAUGAUGCAUCUGCCCAUUCUCCCUCCUACCCCUACCACCUGGAAGAAUCCUCCGAGCCACAUUGAUCACCCUGUCCCUCCUUUGUCCCUCACCCCUGUUCACAGCUGGGUCCCUUCUCCAACACCCUCCACUUCCUUAUUGAUGUAUCUUAUUCCACGUCCCUAAAGCAGAUGAGGCUUAAACUCUGCCUGCUCUCUCUGUGCCCAGCUCAGAGCCACACCUUCCAAGUUCUCCACCUCAUUUGAUGUUUCCCUCUUAUUCCGAUUUGAGCAACUAGAGGCCAAAACAUUGACAAACUACCGUGACCAGUUCUUCUGCCUUAGGUUUAGUUGCUCAUUCCCAUCCCUGGAUUCUUUUGUGGUUGUAGCUGGCUCAAUGAAUCCCUCAUAAUAUGUCCUACCGGUUGGGGUUCUUCUUAUGUGGGAGACACUGUAAACAACUCGAGAAAGUAAGAAUAAAACAACUGUAUGUUCAGAGUGAGA